UGGACCCAUCACUUGUAGAUGAGGUACCAAGUGUGGAAGGCAGGUUUUUGUCCUGCUGUUAAGACUGCACGUCUCUGUUUCAGGUAUCGAGAACCUUCCCUGUGAACUUCAGAGGAACUUCCAGCUGAUGCGAGAGCUGGACCAGCGGACCGAAGAUAAGAAGGCGGAGAUCGACCUCCUGGCUGCGGAGUACAUCUCCACGGUGAAGACACUGUCCCCGGACCAGCGCGUGGAGCACCUGCAGAAGAUCCAGAGCGCCUACAGCAAGUGCAAGGAGUACAGUGACGACAAGGUGCAGCUGGCCAUGCAGACCUACGAGAUGGUGGACAAACACAUCCGGAGGCUGGACGCCGACCUGGCUCGAUUUGAAGCUGACCUGAAGGACAAGAUGGAGGGCAGCGACUUUGAGAGCUCCGGAGGCCGAGGGCUAAAAAAAGGUCGGGGUCAGAAGGAGAAGAGAGGCUCCCGGGGGCGUGGCAGGAGGACCUCGGAGGAGGACACCCCAAAGAAGAAGAAGCACAAAGGAGGGUCCGAGUUCAGCGACACCAUCCUGUCCGUGCAUCCCUCUGACGUGCUGGACAUGCCCGUGGACCCGAACGAGCCCACCUACUGCCUGUGCCACCAGGUGUCCUACGGGGAGAUGAUUGGCUGUGACAACCCGGACUGUCCCAUUGAGUGGUUUCACUUUGCCUGUGUGGACCUGACCACGAAGCCCAAGGGAAAAUGGUUCUGCCCACGGUGCGUCCAGGAGAGGAGGAAGAAGAAGUAAGGGGGAGGCUGACAUCCGGACCAGAAGAGCAAGUUAAUAUAUUCCUUCAUUCAUGUUGCAAUAUUUUACCUUCGUUUUAAAACUACCUUAUUUUGAAUGAUAUUUAAUAAGUCA